AUGGCACUAAACCACACAGCCCUGCCCCAGGAAGAUCGCUUGCCACACUACCUUCAAGACGAGGACCCCUUUGCUUCCAAACUUUCCUGGGAAGCGGAUUUAGUAGCUGGUUUUUAUCUGACAAUAAUUGGGAUUCUGUCCACAUUUGGAAAUGGGUAUGUGCUUUAUAUGUCUUCUAGACGAAAGAAGAAGCUGAGGCCUGCUGAAAUAAUGACCAUCAAUCUAGCAGUGUGUGAUCUGGGGAUAUCAGUUGUAGGCAAACCUUUCACGAUCAUCUCUUGCUUCUGCCACCGUUGGGUGUUUGGCUGGUUCGGCUGCCGCUGGUACGGAUGGGCUGGAUUUUUCUUUGGCUGUGGAAGCCUCAUCACCAUGACUGCUGUUAGCCUGGAUCGAUACCUGAAGAUCUGCUACUUAUCUUAUGGGGUUUGGCUGAAGAGAAAACAUGCCUACAUCUGCCUGGCGGUCAUCUGGGCCUAUGCUUCCUUCUGGACCACCAUGCCCUUGGUGGGCCUGGGGGACUACGCACCUGAGCCCUUCGGAACCUCGUGCACCCUGGACUGGUGGCUGGCCCAGGCCUCUGGUGGGGGUCAGGUAUUCAUCCUGAGCAUCCUCUUCUUCUGCCUCUUGCUCCCCACGGCUGUGAUUGUGUUCUCCUACGCGAAGAUCAUUGCCAAGGUUAAGUCCUCUUCCAAAGAAGUAGCUCAUUUCGACAGUCGAAUCCAUAGCAGUCACGUACUCGAAAUGAAACUGACCAAGGUGGCAAUGCUGAUUUGUGCUGGUUUUCUGAUUGCCUGGAUUCCAUAUGCAGUGGUCUCAGUGUGGUCAGCUGUUGGAAGGCCGGACUCCAUCCCCAUUCAGCUCUCUGUGGUGCCAACUCUACUUGCCAAAUCAGCAGCAAUGUACAAUCCAAUCAUUUAUCAGGUCAUUGAUUACAAAUUUACCUGUUGCCAAACUGGUGGCUUGAAAGCAACCAAGAAGAAGUCUUUGGAAGGUUUCAGGCUACAUACUGUAACAACAGUCAGGAAGUCUUCUGCUGUGUUGGAGAUCCAUCAGGAGGUAUGA